AUGGCUCCUCUACCACCAGGUCUCAAAAAGCCCUCUGCUCGAACCCUCCGCCACCAGCGCGUAACAGGCCAAAUCCACCCCCAAGCACCUCAAAAAGUCUUCCGCGACGAUGCCGCCGUAACAGAUUCCUUCCUCUCCAGCAAACGUGACAAGCGCCUCAUCAAACACUCCUCCUUCGUAUCCCGCAUCCAGUCCGCGCGCAUCUCAAAGUCUACCAAGCGUCGCCGUCCCUCCAAGAAGCUCGCCACCACUCUUGACAGUCUAGCUGAUGCGCUGCCAGAGCUAGAGGAGGCUGAUGCAGAGCAACAGGGCAAGAUUCGUCACAAUAGUUUGAAGAGCAAGAAGGGUGCGCUGAAGAAGAAGGAAAAGGUCGUCAAGGGUGAGAUGGAGAGGUUUGGAGUUAGUAUGGCGAGGUUAACGGCUCAGGAUGAGGCAAAGCCUGUGCCACAAGACGAAAAUAUGGACGAGGAGAAAAAGACUGCUCCUGCGGCUACUGCGAAUCGAUGGGCGGCGUUGAGAGGAUACAUCUCUUCGACAAUGGAGCAGAACCCUGCCUUUGCUGGAAAGAACUGA